AAAUUAUGCGGAUAAGGCAUCUGCGAAUCCAUCAUUUGUGUCUCCUUAUUCAUUGAUUAAGGACUCUAUCUUAAUUAAAGAUGGCAAAAUUUCGGGAUAUCUUACUAACUCUGAAAAUAAUUUAGAAUUUAUUUUCGAAUUACAUAUAUUGGAAAUUGGUGCAGUAAGAAUUCAAAUUAAUGAAAAAAAUCCUUUAAAACCUCGCUAUGAUAAAGUGAAAGAUUGGGUUCUUGUUCAAGAUCCACUGACUACUUUGGAAUAUAAUCAAAUCCCUUCUAAACCGGGAAUUACAUCUUUUUCUUUUGGCAAAGAAAAAAAUCAGACAAUUUCAAUUUACCAUUCUCCGUUUCGAGUGGAAUUUCUAGUUGAUGAUAUACCUACAAUAAUAUUGAAUGAUCGUGGCUUCUUAAAUUUUGAACAUUUAAGAGAAGAAAAGCUGAAUGUAGAAUUCCUCAAUCAGAAUAGCAGCGAAAAUUCAAUCCAUAAGGUAGAAACUUUCGUGAACAAUUUGAACUCAAAACCGAAUGGCCCAGGAUCUAUCGGACUUGACAUCUCAUUUCCAGGAUUUAUUCACGUAUAUGGAAUUCCUGAACAUGCAUCACCGCUUUCAUUGAAAGAGACACGAGGAGGUAUUGAUGCCUACUCUGAUCCUUAUCGCAUGUAUAAUUUAGAUGUAGUUAGAUAUCAAAUAGACAGCCCGAAGGCAAUUUAUGGAUCUAUUCCGUUUUUGAUGGCACAUCGAAAAGGUGCAUCGGCGGCUAUGUUAUGGUUAAAUGCAUCAGAAACAUAUAUUGAUAUAACUAAGAGUAAAGAGAAUAAUGUAGUCGGGCAUUAUCGAUGUAUUCGUUUUCUUGGCAAAACCUCUUCUGAAAUCUUUCGCCAAUAUGGAUUGCUCACUGGAUUUACAGCACUACCUCAAUAUUUUGCGAUUAGCUAUCAUCAGUGUCGCUAUAGUUACCUCAGCCAGAAAGAUGUUGCUGAAGUAGACGAAGGAUUUGACAAACAUGAUAUUCCCUAUGAUGUUUUAUGGUUAGAUAUUGAUCAUACUGAUGGGAAAAAAUAUUUUACAUGGCACGCUGAUAAUUUUCCAGACCCUGAAAAAAUGCAAAAAGAUUUUAUGAAAAAAGGGCGAAAGAUGGUAGCGAUCAUUGAUCCGCAUGUCAAACGAGAUAUAAAUUAUUAUAUAUACAAAGAAGCCAGCGAUCUAGAUCUUUUUGUCAAAGAUUCUCAUGGUCUAGAGUACGAAGCGAUAUGCUGGCCAGGCACGUGUCUUCCGAUUAUAUUUUCCAAAUUUCAUAAAUUUACUUUAUUAAAUUAUAUGAAAACAGGUAGUUCCUCGUGGGUAGAUUAUACUAAUCCCUCGGCUCAAGAAUGGUGGAUUAAAAAAUUUGCGUUUGACCAAUAUAAGGCAAAUUAA